AGUUCGCGUGAAUUGAACACGAUAAUAAUAAUUUAUACGGACAAUUUUGUUAUCCGUUUUUUCUUUAUAGUUUUUCGAGGUGUUGUGAUUUAUUAAUUAUUCUAGAAAAACGGAAUGAAUUCAAGAUUUUUAUAUUAAUAUCUUUGUUCAGGAAAAAAAAACCUGCUUACACGCAACCAAAUGUCAGCAUAAGGUCAAGUGACAAUAAUAAAACUGAAGCCAAGCAAUAUUUUGGAGACACAUUGACUUUUCAUAAACCUUAGAUGUUGUUGUGCAUCUUGAGUUCAAUAUAAAAAACCUUGCCUCAUCAUCUUCAUUACUACAGUUGCCAAUGGAAAAACACCAAAUAUUAAACUUGAGUACUAAUUUCCCGCUAUAAACGUGUUUUCGUAACAUAUAAAGGAUUAUACUUGCUGAUUAAUAAUAGAAAACGGUUUAUGUAAUCGUGGUGCUAUCAAGUGUAAUAAGUGUUGAAUGUAAAGUUGUUUUUUGAAACAUUAUCGAAAUAUUUCAGUUUUUGCUAGUGCUACAAGAAACAUUCACCAAUCGUAAAAGUGUUGAAAAUAAUUGAUAAGAAUACGAAACAUGGGCAAGAAAAAUUCAAAACUAAAGCAGGAUACAAUCGAUCGUUUAACAACCGACACAUACUUUACCGAAAAGGAAAUUAGACAAUGGCACAAAGGAUUUUUGAAAGACUGUCCCAAUGGAUUAUUAACAGAACAGGGAUUCAUCAAAAUAUACAAACAGUUUUUCCCUCAGGGUGAUCCUAGCAAAUUUGCUUCACUCGUUUUUAGAGUAUUUGACGAAAACAAUGAUGGAUCGAUAGAAUUCGAAGAGUUCAUCAGAGCACUUUCCGUUACAUCAAGAGGGAAUUUGGAUGAAAAGCUUCAUUGGGCGUUCCGACUAUACGAUGUGGAUAAUGAUGGUUUUAUCACACGUGACGAAAUGUACAAUAUCGUAGAUGCUAUUUAUCAAAUGGUGGGUCAACAGCCACAAGCAGAGGACGAAAAUACACCCCAAAAACGUGUUGACAAAAUCUUUGAUCAAAUGGACAAAAAUCAUGACGACAGGUUAACGUUAGAGGAGUUUCGAGAAGGAAGUAAAGCCGACCCACGAAUUGUUCAAGCGCUAAGUUUAGGUGGGGAUUAAUCGAAGAAUGAGAGCAACUUUUUAUAAUCGUUAAAAUAUUUGUUACUAAAAUAUUAAAAAAAAAAUAACACGAAAAAUUACUUAAUAUUGAGAAACUUGUACAAAUCUUAAAUUCGUAAAUUUUCAGUUAAAUUAACCCUUAGUAACUGGCGAUAUUUCAUAAUUACUUUAUUUAAUUUACAAUUAUAUUAAAUGUUUUAUUUAUAAAACGUUUUAUUUGACAUCUGAUUCGACCGUAAACAACAGACUUCAAAUAACACAGUUAAAAAUAAAUAAAUCUUUGUGAAAUAGUAUUUUUUGUUAUAAGUGAUGAAAAGUGGUAUUUUCCAGGACUAGACGUGAGCUUGUCCUAGCGAGGCGAAGCCGAGUACGACAAGCCUACGUCGCGUCCUGAAAAAUACCACUUUUCAUCACGAAUAACAAACUACGUUAUUUGUGUCGUAAGGAUCAUAAUGAGACGGAACACACAGACAAAUUGUCUGAGACAAUAACAAGGAAAUCACUCUACAACAGUUUUAAUUUUACUUGGCACACUCGAUUGCGGCAAAAAAAUGAAGUUUCAUUGUUUACCAACAAAGUUAGGAUCAUAAUUCGAUGUUUUUCGUCACUGCACCUACGAUCUAAAAGUUUGAUCAAAGUAGUUACUACUUAUACAGCGACAUAUAUGCGUCCGAAAAAGUAACUUUCGGUCGGUAAACAAAGCCAACAAUGGAAUUUCUUAUAAAUUCUUUCGGACGCAAUCGAGAGUGCCAAGAAAUAGUGAAAUUGUUGUAGAGUGAUUUCCUUGUUAUUGUUUGUGUGUUCCGUCUCAUUUUAUGAACCUUACGACACAAACGUCGUUUGUAAUUCGUGAUGAAAGUGGAAUUUUUCAGGACAUGUGUUAAAAUGUAUGGAGGAUUUCGCUUUUAUGUAGUUUAUUCAAUUCAUUUGAUGUUUACAUAAUCGAAAUAAAUUUUUAAUCAUUGGCACUGUUAUUACACACAAAAUAACACGGGAUGUAGUAACUUACUAGGCAACAAUUUAAUUAGAGCUGAUAAAAAUUAAAUUUGUUCAUACAUUUUGACAGUAAAUUAAUGAUCUUUGCUUGUUACGUUUUCUUUUGUUGUUACGUAAGUCACUUUUUGGUCGGAAGUUGUCGUCCACUUCUACCUCCAACUGUUGAUAACUAAUCUUGAAAAAUGCCAAUUUUCAUCACUUAUAACAAAAAAUACUAUUUUGCGCGUGUAGGCUGAAAUUCGAUGGAUUUCCACAAGCAAACUACGAUCGAACAGUUCAACUUUUCUGCACUUCUCAGAGAGAGGUAUUUGCGACCAAGAAAGUACUUUCUCGGCUGAAAAUGUAUUUUCAUAUAUAUAUU